GGUCCUUCUCAGUCACUCUGCCCUCCCCUUUUGCUCCCUCCCCGUCAUAGCCAUCUCCCUACUCCCUCCUCCCCUUCCCUCUGGCUGAUUUUUAGCCUGACCUGCUGGCCUGGUAAAAUAAGAGGUUGUUUGUUCGGAAGCUCUGGAGGAAUCCUGGCUGGACUUGCAAUGGGGAGCACAAGCGUCAGGACACAGCUGCUCUCAUUCACACUGCUGCAUCUUCUGCAGCCUGCCGCCUCGUUCUGGCUCCUCAACGUGCUCUUCCCACCCACCGACACUCCACAGGCAACCCCCUCCAACAGCACCCCACCUGUGAUACUAGUGCCUGGAUGCCUUGGGAACCAGCUGGAGGCGAAGCUGGACAAACCAGAAGUGGUGAACUGGAUGUGCUACCGCAAAACUGAUGACUACUUCCCUAUCUACAUCAGCCUUAACAUGUUCUUGCCACUGGGCUUUGAUUGCUGGAUUGACAACACCAGAGUGGUGUACAACCGUACCACCCGGAAAAUAUCCAGCGCUCCUGGUGUACACAUCCGUGCCCCUGGCUUCGGCAAGACCUACUCUGUGGAAUACCUGGAUGAAAACAAGGUAGCAGGUUAUAUGCACACCCUUGUGCAGCACUUGGUGAACAAUGGCUAUGUGCGAGACAAGACGGUGCGGGCAGCUCCCUAUGACUGGAGGUUUGGGCCCCAUCAGCAGGAUGAGUACUUCCAGAAACUGAAGGCAAUGAUCGAAGAGAUGCAUGACACUUACCAGGAUCGGGUCUACCUGAUUGGACACAGCCUGGGGAACAUCAACAUCCUCUACUUCCUGCUCCAUCAGUCCCAGGCCUGGAAAGACCGAAACAUUGCAGGCUUUAUUUCUCUAGGUGCCCCGUGGGGGGGAGCUGUCAAGUCCAUGCGUGUCCUUGCCUCUGGAGAUAACCAAGGCAUCCCACUGAUAACCAAUAUUAAACUGCGCGAGGAGCAGCGCAUGAGCACCACCAGCCCCUGGAUGUUCCCAACCAACCUGGCCUGGCCUGAAACACAUGUCUUCAUCUCCACACCAUCCUUCAACUAUACCUACCAGGAUUACAAGCGUUACUUCACUGAUGUCAACUUAGAGGAUGGCUGGUACAUGUGGGAAGACACAAAGGAUCUCCUGAAAGGGCUGCCCGCUCCCGGUGUGAAGGUAUACUGCCUCUAUGGCACUGGCUUCCCAACAGUGGAGACCUACAUAUAUGAUUGGCGCUUCCCAUAUGAGGAUCCCAUUGAUAUGAUCUAUGGUGAUGGGGAUGAUACCGUCAGCACCCGCAGCAUGGAGCUGUGCAAGCGAUGGCGGAGCCAACAGAAGCAGAAAGUGCGUAUCUUUGAGAUGCAUGGUGUGGAUCACCUCAAUACAGUCUUCAGCAACACCACGCUAAGCUACAUCAAUGAAAUACUGCUGGGGAGUCUCGCAGACAGUUCCAUCACCCAGGACUAGGGAGGGGCUGUGCCAAAUGGCACACCAGAUUCCAACCCAGAGCCACCACUGGGCAAAAAGAACCUUUCUGAUCAUUAGGUCUCAAAGGAACCCAAAAAUUGAUUGAAGGAAACUGGGGUUAGUUAGCUUCCUUUCAGACAAGCAGCCCUCUGAACAGCUGUCAUGCUGGAGAACAAAGCGCUCAGAACUGAGGACCUGGGGUAGGACACACCUGCUUCUGAGGGACACCACCCACUUCUGCUUUGACUGUUUUUGUUUUGCGAAUGGUGAUUAAGUGCUCCUCAUAGGCCUGUUACCUGCAUGUUAGCAGAAGGCAAAUCAACCACAUUGUUAGCUAACUACAUCACGCUAGUGACCAAUAUAUCACCAUAGCACCUUCUUCACUGGUCAGUUAAUCCAUUCAAAUAAUAGGCGGAUAUGUUGGAGAAUAAUCUGCACUUUGGACUUAGUUUUGCUACCCAUGCUGAGCUGUACCUCACCAGCAAUUGCCACAAACACAUGUGGAAUAAGAGACAGCUCAGCAUCAGUGCACCUGCAUGAAUUGAUGGCAAAGGCAGCAGCUGAGAUGAGGAUAGUCACAGACAUAGGAUGCAGUGCUGUUGUGGACCCCCAGCAUUCAGAAAAUGAGCUAGGCCCCCAAAAAUCAUGAGAUUGGUUAAGCAACGUUGGGUCCAUUUCUUUGCCUUCUGGUUUUUGAGCCUUUAGGGGAUCAUGUUUUUCUUCACAAGUUCACAGGCUAGAAACUGCUGCUUUUUUAGGGGAAAAAUGAGAUUCUCACAUAAUCAUAGGACUUCAGGAGCUGGGGUUUUAAGACAAAGCAGUAAAUAUCAUGUACUUGUGAUAAAAUCAUGAGAGCUGACCAAAGUCACACCUGGCUACAAUGGCAGAUUUUCACAAUAUGGUACAAACUGUUUUUUAUGGUCUGCAAAAACUGUAGUCUGGUUCUGCCCAAGUCAAGUCAGAGUGAUUAAUAAAAAGUAAUAAGUAGGA